UCCUGUUAUAUGAUGGCAAGUGGAAAUUAUAGCUUCGAUUUGGAAUUAAGCGCCCUAUUUGAGGCCGAGGAUUUCGAUGCAGACACUCUUGAUGAACAGCCAAUGCCUGCAAUUUCUAUUGUCAAUAAACAUGUGGAGGACUUAACCGUGGGGUUAGCACAAGGUGUCAUUCUUGACAUACAAAGUGACGAGAUAUUACCUGAUCAAACAAUACUCGGAUCUAUAAAUGGUUCCUUACAGAGAAGUUGACGUCGAUCAGGCAGGCUUCUGCGCCAGACAUCGACCGUAUGUGGUAAUCAUUAAACUGGUCGUUGAAUCAGUAAAGAAGCAGCUGUCCGUACAGGAAAACAUCCAAGUCCGGAAGCAUCUGAUCGACGAAAUGGCGGUAAUCAUUAAAUUGAUCGCUGCAUCAAUAAAGAGGCAGCUAUCAGUGAAUAUCCGAGUACGAAAGCAUCUACUCGAUGAAAUGGCGAAAAUGAAAGUACUACAGAAAAAGAGAAAGGUGCACGAAGAAUUGCUUACACAUGAGAUCAACGUUUUAAUGAAAAAGGUUCAAAGAGAAUUGCUUUUGAAAGUCCAGGCCAUCCCCGCUAUUGAUGAGGAAGAAAAGAGGAUAAUUGAAAGUCCGGGCCAUCCCCGCUAUUGAUGAGGAAGAAGAGAGGAUAAUUGAAAGUCCGGGCCAUCCCCGCUAUUGAUGAGGAAGAAAAGAGGAUAAUUGAAAGUCCGGGCCAUCCCCGCUAUUGAUGAGGAAGAAGAGAGGACAAUAGCAAGAUACCUAGCUGAGAUGUUCGGUAAACCUCCGGGAGUUCGCUUAAAGAGGGUAUUCGCUGUCCCAUCAUUAAGGUGAUGUAUAAUUGAUGAACUGUACCCCUUUGUCUGUGUUUGCCGGUAGAUUUUGCCAUUAGAGGGAUGUUUUCUUUUGAUAUUCAAUACCGUAUGAUGAGAAACAUUAAGUUCGAUAUCGUAUAUACCGGGAUCAUACAUAGACAGCUGUGUCACAUAACAAACGAACAGCUAUCUCUUAUUUAUAUGGUUUUAAAAAAUCACAUAUUAAUUGAUAACAUCUAAUUGCUAGGUCCCCGUGCACCUUCGAAUUCAACUUUUGAUAUAUAUCAAAACAGAAAUAAAAACCUAAACAUUUUAUGUUGCUUUAUUGAUCCACAGACAUUUUAUGGAAUUUUCAAAAACCAAUUUACCUACUUUUCUGUAUUUUUCCCAUAAGAGAACGGAAGGAUCAGAGAACUCUGAUUUCCUGAGGUAAUUCUAAGUACAAUACGCCGGAAACAUUACACGGUCCAUGUCAGAUAUUAGUUUUGCCGCUACGUUACCUGGCAGAGGAGCGGAGGGAUGACACAUGAAAACCGCGACACCUACACCACAUAUACCUAGAGCCAUGCAACUGUGUCAUUUGACACAUAUUAUUCACGACUGAAAAUAGUAAGCUGUAAUCCAAAGAACAUUUUGAUUAAUUUUGGGCAAAUAUUAGAAUAAUUUUGUAAUUAUGUACGACCAUUUUCUGAUUACUAAUGUGUUAUCACUGAACGAUGAUGUUGAGAACGCAUGUACCAAAUAUAAAAAUAUGAAUAACGAGUGACAUUUUUAACAACAGUUGUGGUAUAUGUUUUAACAAAAAUUAAUGAUAUACGACCUGAAAGUUAUUAAUGAAUUUUAGCCAGACUUGUUUCUAUACUACACUGUACAUGUCACAUUUAGCUGUUUAGGAGUAACUCCAUUCCGUGACUAUUGAGAAAAAAAGCUAGUUUCUUCUUCUUUUUUCUUUCUUUACGAAAUACAGAUUUUACUAACUUUCACGAUUGUUUUCAUCUCUUUAAGAAAAUGCAUGAAUGAAUGAAAAGAAAUUGACUGAAUGGAUCAUCGUAACUGAAAGGAUAACGGUUUAAUUACAAUAACAUCUUUGAAAAUUGCGUACACAAGUGCACGCCUUUCACAAAUUUACACUUUUGAAUGAAUACAUGACUAGUUAUAACACAUAUAAUGAUAAUUGAACCAUUGUAAAUUUACAUGUAACAUCAAAAGAUGCACCUGUCAGUUAUAUGCCUGGUUCAUAUUUCAGGAGUUUUAAAAAAUAUACAUGUAUAUACUCAAAACGGAAAUCCACAGUUCAUGUUCUCUGUAAUGACUUGAUUAUUAUGCAAAUCUAUUUUACGGGGAGACAGAAUCGGACCUGUUUGACCAUUGGUAUAUGAAUCGUGUUCACCGGAAAUCCUCGCGUAUCGUAUCCGCCAUUGCCUCCAAUAAGAACUUUUUUCUGUUUCUGUCUCUUGCCUGUUGUCUUUCCCCACUUUAAAUAAUUUUGUAAUUAGCAUUGUUUGUCUUUCUCCUGGUUUUACUAAUUAACUAUGCGCAGAUAGUAAAUCGCGGCUGUAAGUACAUUUUUAAUUUUACGGUGAGGACCAUAUGAACACAUCAUCUGUGAGAUUUCGGUCGGUCACCCCUGCCUGUUCUACGUUAUAUAGUGUGUGUUACUUAGCUGCCACACAAUCCCAUACGUCACGAACGCAUAUAACUCUACUCACAUUUUGAUACAUGUAAUUUUUGUGAAUAGCAAACAUUAAAAAACCUGCACACCCAAGAUUUACAUUUCUUAGAGAAUGUGAUUUGCAUUUUCAUCUCUUGCUUUCUCUCAACAAAUCACAACGUACUUAUAAGACUUAUAAAUUAUGCAUAGAAUUUUUUAUGUAUAAUAUGUUUAUCUGUAUAUGUGUAUGUAUGUUUGUCCGUCCGUCCGUCCGUCCGUCCGUCCGUCUGUCUGUCUGUCUGUAUGUAUGCAAUUACGUCAUGGUAAAAUUUUGUUUUACACUGAUUAGUUUGUGUAUUAUAUUUUUACUCUAUAAAUUAUUGUUUUCGUGCUAUGUUCCAUGCUGUAUUUGUUGUACCAUAAGAAACAUACAUUUCUUAGGGUAAUUUUCAGUUGAAUUUACACAUAAAAGAACUAGUUUUCUUAUAUGUAUAACGAAAUAUGUACAAAUAAAUUUCAGCAUUAUCCAAGUGUGUCAUUUCAUAUUAAACGGUCGGGAGGGGUGUGUGUGUGUGUGGGGGGGGGGUGAUACGAAAGCUAUACAACCGAACAAAAAAACACGUUCAAGAAAUUAAUCUGAUCAACAGAUUAUUUGUCAGUAUCUCACAAGUUUAUUAUAUUGUCUGAGAUAAAUCUUUUAGUUUCUGUAUUUCAAGAAUAAAAACCUAAAAAAAAAAAAAAAAAAUCCUAUUUAAUACCAAGUAUAACCACUGAAUUAAUUGAAAAUGAGAUAAAACGACUGUCUGCAUCUAAGGCAACAGGAUUGCAUAUCAUCUUUGUCAAACUUUUAAAACUUUUAUCAAAUAAUGUAUGUGAUAUUCUUGCAUAUAUUUUUCUAUAUCUUCAUGUACUUUUGCAGAUGACUGGAAAAAGCACGUGUCGCACCACUUUUUAAAUCAGGGGAUGAAUGUUUAGUUAAUAAUCAUCGGCCUGUAUCCAUUUUACCCUGUGAUAACAGAAUUUUAGAAAGGCAUGUUUUUAAUUCAUUUGAUGAGCAUUUGUCUGUAAAUUCUCUAAUUACAGAUUGUCAAUCUGGUUUUAGGCUAAAACACUCAUGUGAAAGUACUACAUGUAUAUAGACGGCUUUAAAAUAUAAAAUGUAUAGAUCAAGGUAAACUUACUGGUCUACUUUUUAUAGACUUACGGAAAACAUUUGAGACUGUCAAUCACAAGGUUUUAUUACACAAACUCAAGUCCUUUGGUAUAUAUGUAAUGAUACAUUUGAAUGGUUUAAAUUAUAUGUAACAAAUCGUACACAGAGAGUUAUUUGGAAAGGCAAUCUAUCGGAUGAAAAGAAUGUAACUAUUGGAGUUCCACAAGGCUCUAUUUUAAGCCCAUUGUUUUUUAUCCUGUGUAGUAAUUACUAUCCACAAGCACUGAAACAUUUUAAUGUAGAUAUUUAUGCAGAUGAUACGAACGUUAAUGUAGAUAUUCAGGUACUAGUAUAUAUAUGUAUACCCAUUUUCACUUUUACAGACUUAAAUGUAUAUUUGUAGGUGUAUAGUCAUGUUAAAGCACAAUUUCAUUUGUACGUGUACAGACAGAUGUAAAUUUUUACAUAUACUGUACAUAAAUGCACGUUUGUUCGUGUGGAGACAUAGAUGUAGAUUUGUACGUGUGCAGACAUAUAUGUACAUUUGUACGUGUGCAGACAUAGAUGUACAUUUGUACGUGUGCAGACUUAGAUGUACAUUUGUACGUGUGCAGACAUAGAUGUACAUUUGUACGUGUGCAGACAUAGAUGUACAUUUGUACGUGUGCAGACAUAGAUGUACAGUUGUACGUGUGCAGACAUAGAUGUACAGCUGUACGUGUAUAGACAUUGAUCUUAAUUUGUAUAAUUUUAUGCUAUAUAUAUUUGUACAUGUACAGAUAUAAUUGUACCUGUACAGGCAUUAAAAAGUAGACCCGAAUACCAUGUAAAAAACGGAUUUUGCAGUUACAAUGAUGCAUGAUAUUGCAAAUAAAUUGCAUAUCAAUUUAUUUAUUUUGUUGUGUUUGUGCAAUUCAGCAAGGAAUAAUAAAACCAAAAGACGUCAAUACCUGUCAGUUCUCAGGUAGAUUGGCAGGUAUUGUGUUGUGUAUUGAACACAAACUGUGGAAAAAUAAAUUUACUUUAGUUUUGGAGUUCAUGGUUUCUUAUUUUCUGUACAUUUAUCAAUAACAUGGUCGCUAUUUAUUAAAGAUAUCUUGACAAAACAUCAUCAGUGAUGUUAACAGCCCUGUAUGGUUGUGACGAUGUAAACAUGUACAACGGCUUCUUAUGUAUAUUGAUAAUGAAUUCU